GAAUCAAACUGUCACGUGUGCAGGGAGUGUUUCUGCUUUCUCAAACCAAAGCUGUGAAGCUGUAUCAAGAUGGAGCGGAUUGUGUUUUUUGGCACUUUUUUAUGGCUGUGUUCAUGUGAAGUAAAUGGGUUCCAAUAUGUGUUUGUGCGGCAUGGAAAGGACUUACAUCUGGAUAUAGGGAGAUCUGUUGUACUAGACAAAAAAACAGAUUUGAUCUGGAAAUUUAAUAAAACUAACAAUGUAGCUAAAUGUGCUUUUAAUAAUGAUCCAGUUGUGUUUGACAAAUAUGAAGGAAGGGCUGAGCUCUUCAGGCAAAAUUACUCUUUGCUAUUAAAGAAUGUACAACACAGUGACAGUGGAGAUUAUACUGCAUUCAUGGUUAGCAAUGAAGACCAAAAGGUAGCUGAAUACAAGGUCAUAGUCCAAGAUCCAGUGUCUCCAGUUAACCUGACAGUGGACUCUGUGUCUGGCAGCUCAGAGUCCUGUGUCCUUGCUGUGACCUGCAGCACAGUGGAUUCAUCCAUCCACCAUUCUUUUAGAUGUGAUGACAAAAACUGCUCUCAGGUCAAAGAAAGGACAUUUAAACCCACAAACUAUUCAUCCUCUUUCAUUGUCUACCUCCAGCAAGACUUUAUCCUGUGUAAUCACAGCAACCAAGUUAGCUGGGAAUACAAUAAGAUCAAGUUUGACUGCAAGGCAAUUACAGUUCACAGCAGAGCCACCCUAAUUCAGAUUUCAACUUCAGUUGGUCUCUUUCUCUUGUCUGUCUUUAUUGCCCUUUGCAUUGUCACAAAAUGUAAGUCCCAGUCUGUUUUUAAGCAGCAACAACAGUGAAUCUACACUAAAUACACAGAAAUCUAGCAUUGUAUUAAAGCAUACACUUCAUGCACAAAAGCAUUCCUUGUAUGAUUCUGCAAUGCCAUAAGAAUGAUUAUAGUGCAGCUGAAAUUAUGUUUUGGUAAAGCAGUAUACAUUUGUUUGGUAUAAGGUUUUACAGAUUCAAUUGUCACUUGAAACAGUGGUGGCCCUGAAAAGUCGAAUGCAGUGCAACUUCAGAAAACACAAGCAAAUAGAAAAAUUCUGCGAAAAAAAUCAAAAAAGAAUUAAAAUAACAAGGAAAAUAAUGCAAAGAUCAUCUUUCAGUGGGCAUGAAAGACUACAUGUAUAAAUGCUAGUUUACACCAAGUUUUCCCGUGUCAGUGUAUUUACUGGUAAAGAGACAAAGAGUGAAAAUGGGCAGUAUAUCCUUCCCAAAAAGGUGAUUCUGUUCAUCUGGAUGUGGGAGAAAUGUUUUGUCAUUCAUCCAAGUAAUGUCUUCAGUUUCUCAUGAGAAUGCCCACUUAUUGCAGACUUUCCUUACCUGGAUGAUUGAGCAUGCAUCAAGAAGCAAUAUAUCCUUGAUUUGUUAACACAGAAGUUAUAGUUGCACCACGGGGCAGUACAGAAAUGUCCUCUUUAAACUGAUUUCUAUUUUUAGUCUUGUUAUGUUGCCCUGAGUUAUUGGUUGUGUUAUUAGUAAGGUAACAUAUAAUAAUGUAAGUCUAUUGACCGCAACCAACCAACCAACCUGAUGCUGUACUGUAAUGUUCUGUACUGACAGAAGAUGGCGGUAAAAAUUUUAAACACUUCAUUUUUUUAUACAGACUCUAUACAUGUAGUUUUUCAUCUCCACUUUAAGAGAAGUAACUGUAUUAUUCCAUAGCAGAAAUCUUUGUUACAUUUUGAAGGUUAUUCCAGGACCAAUGCACAAAAUAGGAGAACUCUGUUCUACUAAAUUCUGAAAAAACUAUUUGUAGAGGAGCAAGCUAGAGGAGUGACAGACAAACUAAGUUUUUGUAAGUCAUAUGACAGUUCACAGAUAAGAAGGGUGUUCAGCUAGAAAAGAACUGUGAAUUAAAAUAUAAGAUUG